UAUACAAAUUAUACAGCUGGAAGUUCACAUCCAGGAGGACAGUCAAGAUCUCAAAAUGCCCACAGAAAUCAGUCCAGAUCACCAUCUUUCAUAUGAUGAUAUUGUAAAACUUACAAAAGCGAAACAAAUUUAUUUGAUCGAUGUUCGAGAACCCCAAGAGCUAAAAGAAACUGGCGAACUUCCUGAGAGUGUUAACAUUCCUCUGAAAGAUGUGUCCAAGGCUUUAGGAGAGCUUUCAGACAGCGAGUUUCAAAAGAAAUAUAAUGCAACAAAACCUGGUCUAGAUGCACCUCUCGUAUUUUCUUGCCGUGCUGGAGGAAGGAGCCUGAAAGCAUUGCAAACAGCUCUAGAGCUUGGAUAUACAAAGGCAAAGCACUACAAAGGUGGUUUCAUGGACUGGGAGCAGCACACAAAAUCAAAGAAUUCAUAGAUAAGUGCAAUACUUAGAGCAACAAAAAUUUUUUGUAGCACUUCACCAGAAUAAAAUGUGAUGCUGUGCCUCCAUUUCAGUGCAGAACCAGAUGUUAUACUCCUCAUGACACCUGGAACAGAAGAUUUUUUUUAAUGAACAUAUGUUUGUUUGUAUAAUGAUAGCUCUUAUACCACUAAUACACUCAAUUUUUACAAGGUUUUGUGUAAAAUGACAUUAAAAAAGUACACUUUACUCAA